AUGCGACGGCUAUGGACGCGUCUCGUCGACGCGCUGAGCGAGCGCCAGACGAACUGGCGCGAGCUACAACACCAACGCGAUAACAUGCAGCUCUUUCUUCUCGCAGUAUCUUAUGAAAAAGGCUUCGAACAGGCGCGGGCGCUCGCUCAGGAAAUAGUUUCGUCGGCGGAGCAGGCAACGCGCGCAAGCAGUCCACUCCUCAUGUUUCGCCGUGCCUUAUCGGUUUGGAAGCAUUCCGCUUCUCUCGAAAUGAAGACAGACUCUCCACAGCACAUACUUGAUGAUCAGGGCGCCCAGUCACGCUUGAUAGAACGGGUCAAUGCACGUCAAGUACACAAUCUACUUGCAGCAGCAGCGAGUAUGCCAACUAGCGCCUCUGCGGCUACGAGCGGGCCAGCCUUCACCUUGAGUUUGCGCCCGAGCCAAUCCAAUGUCAAUGCAGGAUAUGGUGUCAUCUUGAACGGGCACGCCCGCAUGGGUUCCGUUGUUGCAUUCUAUCCGGGCAUUGCGUACAGGGUCCGGCACUGGACCUCGAUACCCGGGUACCCGUACAUCACAGCCCAGAAUCCGUACCUAUUCGCCCGCUACGAUCGUGUAAUUGUCGACGCAAAUCCGAACCUCGAAGUGUCACGUGGGCUCAUGAAUAUACCGAUCCUUGAUCAUGCACUUGAGAGCGUUGUCCGACAUACGCGGCAAACUGAAUCGCUCCAUGAGUGUUGGGUGGGCCUCAACCCGUACGCGCUGGGUCACCGCGUUAACCACCCGCCUCGAGGACGGGAAGCGAACGUCAUGCCUUGUGCAUGGAAUUUCGAUUUGCAGCGUCUGGAACCGAGCCUGCUUUCCUUUAUCCCCAAUCGACUAUUUACGAAGUAUCGGCAGCUGUCAUCCGGGAUACUUGGACCUACGUCGAUGCUCUGGUCUCGGUUUCGCCACUGGUUCGAUUCGCUUGGGCACCAGGAUAACAUGUCUCUAACCGAAAUUCCGGGCGUCGUUCUCAUCGCUUUGCGCGAUUUGCAGGAUGAAGAACUGUUUCUGAACUAUCGUUACAACCCGGCCGCAUUAGAGCGUUUGCAGGCACCCAGCUGGUAUUGGCAGCCUGACCAAGAGGCUGCGAAACGAAGAUGGUCCUCAUAA